GUUGCACCGACAAGAGAGAGAUAAGCUCAAACACAUAACAUUUUUACGACUGCAUAUUAAAUGGUGUGGACAAUUAACUUUUCGAUAUACAGGCGUAACUAUAAUGAAAAAAGAACCAGGUUUUGGCUCUUAAAAUCCUAUCAUCGUUUCGCAGUUUACUAAGAUCCUCAUAUACAACUCGAUUAAUGAUACACGGUUACCACAAGUUUUUUACGACGAAGGUGGCAAACAAACAUACAGCCCGUUUGAUGGUAAACGGUUAUGGAUGCCUGCAACUCUAAGGGUGUCAAUGCGCGUUGCCAAACCUAUUCCAUUUGAUGACUCUGUAAUCACCUUGUAAUUUAAUAUGUUCGUAAAUUCCCUGGCAAUAGUAAAUAGAAAGUGACAGAGAUUGUUACAAUAUCUAUUGUCACCUUCAAUCUGAUAAGCAGUAAAGCCCCCAAAAAGAGGUAAAGGAAACUUCUGCUCAAAGCUAAUUAGUUAAUGGUGCUUGUGAAAAUAAAAUUUAAGACUAAAUAUCUCGUAACUAUACUACGAUGCGAAUAUUUCAAAAGGACUAUUUCUGAAUUUCUUAAUAUGUUCGUAGGAACCCAUUUAAAAUAGCAUAUUGCAUAGUACCUACAUAAUGCCAAAACCUCAAAAUUACCACUUCUAUAUUUCAUGUUGAGCAAUUUACAUACAUUAUAUUACCUAUUAUCUCUUCUGUUUUUAGAUACAUUUUGUUACCAUGGCUACAAGCAAAAAUGGUUAGACGUAAUGAGUAGUUAUUAUAUAUCACAUUAUGAAUAUCCGGUAGUUUAUAACACCGAAUAGAUACUAAAAAUAUUUAUCAAUAUUAUAUUAGAUAGAAAAAUAAAAUAUGAUUACUAUUUUAUUAAAACAUAUUUAUUUAUUUUUUAUUUAACUAAAUAAUAAAUUAAAAAUUUACAAACUGUCCCUCAAGACUUAAAUUCUACUCGCAAUUGUACUGUUUGUAAAUGACUUCGAAUUGUCAAUUAAUCCGUGUUUUUUUUUUGUCUUUAAGUUACGCAGUAAUUUCAUAAAUACUCUACCUAUUUUAAUAAUUAUUUUUAAUUAAUAUGCUUUACUCCUGUGUAGACCCAUAUCAAUUGUACCAUAAUUGAAAAAUGCUGAUUUUUUGUCAAGGAUAAUCUUAUUUGUAAUACUCGUAAGUAUAACAGAAUACGGCGAAUAAAGCACGACGCACCUUGUAGAUAUCGAAUAUAAAAGACGACAAAUAAUACUGUGUCGUCUUUUAUAUCCAUUAAACGAUGAUGCUCCUGUCUCUUUAUGUAGCAAACAAAAUAUAGCUAUUCUGUGUGAUAUCCAUAUCCUGUAGUUUCACUACCAUAAGGAUACCCUUAUUAUUAUUAUAGACAGACGGAAUUUUCAGGCAAGGAAACCUGUAACACUGCACUCUUUCCAUAAUCUUUUGUACUUGCCCUUUUUUUAAAGUUCGCUGCUAAUACCUAUCAGUGAAAAGAAUUUUAAGAUGUUUUUUGUAGCGAUAUUUUUAUCUCCUUAAGAUAUAAAGUGUACCUAUUUUCCAUGUAUGUAUCGUAUAUAUAUGAGUGUGCUAUAGCCAGAAAUUAAGCGCUGCAACUUUUUAUUCUUCAUUGUGACAAAAUCUACAAACACUUUUUGGGCAUAAACUUAAUUAGUCCAUAUGCUUGUAUGGUUUGCAGUGUUCCAGUAAGAGCAUUUGUUAAUACACAUAUAUUAUUUUUACUCAAAAGAGUUAAUUACCAUAAGAGUAUAGGAAUAUAUUUAAACUGAAACAAAACUAUAGACAUUUUUUUUAGUACCAGAAAGAGACAUGAUAGGACCGAGCUGUAUAUGUAGACUAGUACAAAAUCUCUACCGAUAAACUUGUUUGCUAUUUUGGUGCUAAUGAGGACUUUAUAUCAAAGAUUUCACUGGCAUCCUUACUCCUUAAAUCAAAAGGCAGGGUGUGCUGCAGCGUUUUGCUGUUUCACGGUAGAAAGAUUAACAUUGUUCCCCUAAAUGAAUAUUGCCAUCUGUUUUGAUUUGUGUAGCAUAAUGAUGUUAUAAUGAUUACAGUCAAAAUAAUUUCAAUAGCGCAGUUUGGAUAUUAUAAUAAUAGUGAAUUUCCGUUUGUUUUGUAUAUAAAUAUUGCGAAAAUAUGGAAGAGGUAUCAGUGUCACCGAGCAUUCAAAGGAUUAUUUUGGAUAUCACAAAAAUGAAGACCGUUUUCAUCACCGUGGUCGCUAUGGCGAUUACUAUUGUCUUUGGCUACGACGAAAUCUUCGACAAAGUAGACGUCGACAAAAUCAUUAACGAUGAUUCUCUGUUCACUGGAUAUAUAGACUGUAUGCUCGAAAAGGGACCCUGCACUCUGGAACAUUCGGAAGAGUUCAAAAAGUUGCUCCCUGAAGUUAUUGCAACUGCCUGUGCUAAAUGCAGCCCGAUCCAAAGGCAACACGUGAGGAAAACUGUAAAAGCCCUUAGUGAGAAGAAACCAGAUGAUUUCAAAAUAUUCCGGUCUAGAUUUGACCCUAAAGGCGAAUAUGAAGCAGCAUUUACAGCAUUUUUAGUUGGCACUGACUAAACUGUAAUAACUGUAACAAUGAGCUUAAAAUAUAAUUGGAUUUACUAGAGGAUAAACGUGAAGUGUUGGUCAUUGAUUACUAUUACAAAUGCACUAUGUGGAGCAUUACUUUUAAUUAUAAUUAAAUAUUGCAAACUUGAA